AUGAAUGAAGCUUACAGCCCCGCGGCUCCCCGGCCGGCCAGCGGUGCCUCAGCCAGCACCAUGAAGAUGCUCAUGGGCUUCCUGGUGGCGUUUAUGGUGGCACAGACCAUAGGGACAACGCUUUUCUGCUUGUAUCUGCACAUGAAGAUGGAUAAGACGGAAGAGCUGUUGAGCUUGAACGAGGAUUACAUCUUCCUGAGGAAGGUACAGAAGUGUCAGACAGCAGAAGGGCAGAAGUCAACAUUAUUGGACUGUGAAAAGAUUUUAAAGGCCUUCCAGGACCUCCAGUGCCAGGACAGGGGACCCAGCAAGGGACAGCCCAAGUUUGAAAUGCAGAAAGGUCAUGAGCACCCCCAUUUGAUGCAGAAGAACAAGACAUCUAUGGCAGAGGAGAAGAGGCAGCCAGUUGCAGCCCAUCUGGCAGGUGUGACGAGGAACAAGGCAGUCUCAGUGCUGCAGUGGAUGAGGACGACGUACGGCCCCGCAGACAGCGCCCUGCUAUCGUACGAGGAGGGCAGGCUGAAGGUGAAGGAAGCAGGGCUCUACUACAUCUACUCCCAAGUCACCUUCUGCACCAAAGCAGCCACCCUGGCUCCUUUCACUCUCUCUAUUUAUUUGUACCUGCCCAUGGAAGAGGACAGGCUUUUGCUGAGAGGCCAAGACACUCACAGCACCUCCAACCCGCAGUGCGACCUGCAGUCCCUCCGGGUGGGAGGCGCCUUCCGCCUGCGCCAGGGUGACAUGGUCUUUGCCAACGUGACGGACUCACUGCGCAUGGUCUACACCCAUGGCAACACCUACUUUGGCAUCUUCAAGCUGUAGGGAGGAGGGGGCUGCCCCUCCAAGCGAAGGGGGCUCCAGCCCAGUUCUCUUGAACCAAAGUCCCUUUCCCUGUGUCCCCUAUUUAUGUUCCUCCGCCUCGGUGGUUCUCCUUGUUCCUCGAGUUGUAUAUUCCGUUAUUUAUUG